AUGGCGGACAAGUUGACCAGAAUUGCUAUUGUCAAUAGCGACAAGUGCAAGCCAAAGAAAUGCCGUCAAGAAUGCAAGAAGUCGUGCCCUGUCGUCCGAACGGGUAAACUCUGCAUUGAAGUCACUCCCGAGUCCAAAAUCGCCUACAUCUCGGAACUACUGUGCAUCGGUUGCGGUAUCUGUCCCAAGAAAUGCCCGUUUGGUGCCAUUCACAUAAUCAACCUGCCAACAAAUCUUGAAACUCAAGUCACCCACCGGUAUUCGGCAAACAGCUUCAAGUUGCACAGACUGCCUAUGCCACGGCCGGGUCAGGUUCUGGGAUUGGUGGGGACAAACGGUAUCGGAAAGAGUACGGCCUUGAAGAUUCUUAGUGGCAAGUUGAAGCCGAAUCUGGGGCGAUAUGACAAUCCACCGGAUUGGGAAGAGAUUUUGAGAUACUUCCGUGGAUCCGAAUUGCAGAACUAUUUCACAAAGGUGCUCGAAGACAACCUCAAGGCCAUUGUCAAGCCACAGUACGUGGACCAACUUCCACGAGCCAUCAAGGGGCCAGUCAAGACAGUCAAGCCGCUCAUCGAAGCCAAGUCCGAGUUGGGCAAUCUCGACCACAUCAUGGAUGUACUCGAGCUGAAUGCUGUUUCUGAGCGAGAGAUUGGUCUUCUCUCGGGGGGAGAACUGCAGCGGUUUGCUAUCGCCCUCGUUUGCGUCCAAAAGGCGGAUGUGUACAUGUUUGAUGAACCCUCGUCAUACCUAGAUGUCAAACAACGUCUCAGCGCCGCCAGAACCAUUCGCGAACUCCUCCGGCCGGAUGACUAUGUUAUCGUCGUCGAACACGAUCUGUCAGUCCUCGACUAUCUCUCCGACUUCAUCUGUGUCCUCUAUGGCAGACCUGCUGUGUAUGGAGUGGUUACUCUUCCUGCCUCGGUUCGAGAAGGCAUCAACAUCUUCCUCGAUGGCAAUAUCCCCACUGAAAACUUGCGUUUCCGUGAGGAAAGCCUAACCUUCCGCAUUGCUGAAGCUGGUGAAGAUUAUAUGGUUGACAAAGCCCGUGCCUUUGAAUACCCCUCCAUGGAGAAGACCCUCGGCUCGUUUCAUUUGAAAAUCGAAAAAGGAAAGUUCACCGACUCCGAAAUCAUCGUCAUGAUGGGCGAAAAUGGUACUGGCAAAACUACCUUUUGUAAGUUGCUCGCUGGCGUGGAGAAACCCGAUGGCACCCAGAAGGUCCCGGCCAUGAACAUUUCGAUGAAGCCACAAAAGAUUACACCCAAAUUCCAGGGCACGGUCCGUCAGCUCUUCUUCAAGCGCAUCAAAGCUUCCUUUUUAAACCCGCAGUUCCAGACCGAUGUCUACAAGCCUCUCAAGAUCGACGACUUCAUUGAUCAAGAAGUCCAGAACCUGUCCGGGGGUGAAUUGCAACGUGUGGCCAUUGUCUUAGCGCUCGGUCUCCCCGCAGAUAUUUACUUGAUUGACGAGCCUUCUGCAUACCUGGACUCUGAGCAACGUAUCAUCGCCGCGCGCGUGAUCAAGCGCUUCAUCAUGCACAGCAAGAAGACGGCCUUCAUUGUCGAACACGAUUUCAUCAUGGCCACCUAUCUCGCUGAUCGCGUCAUCGUGUUUGACGGCAAACCAUCUGUCGACGCCCGCGCCAAUACCCCCGAGUCACUGCUGACAGGCUGCAAUAAGUUCCUCAAGAACUUGGACGUCACGUUCCGUCGGGAUCCCAACUCGUACCGUCCGCGUAUCAACAAGUAUCAGUCCCAAUUGGACCAAGAGCAGAAGCUCUCUGGGAAUUACUUCUUCCUGGAGGAAACAAGUUGA